AAUGUAUCACCUAAGCGAUUAUUUUGUUUAGGCUCUUCAGUUUCCCAAAAAUGAGAUUGGUUCAUUUUAAAUCUGCAGUUUGUGGCCUUCCCUCUUGGUCUGCAGUAAAGACUACAUGCUCUCUAGGGAUGCAUUGUGGUAUAAUGAAUGAAGCAUGUGUUUGGGACUCAGUCAGACUUUGACUUGAUUGACAGCUGUCACUUUGUGUGUCACCUUCCUCUCUGUGCACUGCAGCAGGAUUGUUCUGAACAGUGAAUGAGAUCAUCUAUUUAAAAGGUCUUCCUAGCUCACUGCCUGGUAAAUUACAGCUAUUGCUAUCAUUAGAUUUUUCCAAAGAAUGUAAUCUCCAACUACCCUAGUAUUUAUUCAGUUGAAACUUGGUGUUUAUGGAGAAUUGUUUGAUUUUAUAGGUUUUAUGUUUGGAAUGAGCAAAACUACCAGAAAUGUUCCUGGUUGGACCAUGUUGCCUUGUUUCCUGAGAGAAUUGCUGAAGUUUUGAGAAUUCACUGAUUUUUCUCAUCGAGCUUUUGCCAGAAAGGAUGCUAGUGCUGCAGGGAGAAGGAACAAGAAACACAAGAAGAGGAACGUUUGAUGGAAGAAAAGAAAAAGAAAAAGCAGGAAGAAAAGAAAAAGAAGGAAGGUGCUCAGAAAAAGGCUGCUGAUCAAAAAACCAAAGUGCCAGAACCUACUAAGACCUGCUCAAGCCAGCCCCACCCUGCCGGUACCGGUACCAGUCCUUCUACCAGCACUCUCUCCAGCAGCAAUGGCAAACGUGCGUCUGCCAGCGGCCAGCAGCCGGCUGCACCCCGUUACCUGCCUCGUGAGGUGCCUCCACGCUUCCGCCAGCAAGAACAGAAGCAGCUGCUAAAGAGAGGUCAGCCAUUGCCUACUGGGCCUCUGGCCAGUGUAAGCCCGUCCCAGGGUGCCGGCCCCGCAGGGGUAAGCCCCUCUCCCCUCCCUGGAACCGGUGUGCAGCAGCCCAGUAAGCUCCCACCAGAUCUCAGCCAUAGUGGAUUGGCAGAUCAUUAUGAAAAUCCCCACUGGGCUCAGCAGCCCACUUAUAGAAGCGAAGCCAACUGCAGCUGGGAUAAAGUAAUAAUAGAUCGGACCGACAAGGAGGCGUGGCCUUCCAUCACAGGAGUAGAGACUGAAUCUGCCUCAGAAUGUACUACAGACACUGACUCUGCCUCCCACUGUGGCUCAGAGAACAGUAGCAUGGCUACAGGGGGUGCCCAGGGCAACUUCACUGGACAUACACAGAAGACAAACGGCAGUAAUGGCACCAACGGAGCCCUCGUCCAGAGCGCUUCUAAUCAGAGUGCUCUUGGAGCAGGUGGAGCAAAUGGGAACGGAAAUACAGCCAGAGUGUGGGGUGUAGCCACAGGCUCCAGCUCAGGCCUGGCUCCCUGCUCUGUCAGUGGUGGGGAUGGGAAAAUGGACAAUGUGAUUGGAGAUGGUAGAAGUCAGAGUUGCUGGGGUGCUUCCAACUCCAACGCCGGCAUUAAUCUUAACCUUAACCCUAAUGCCAACCCAGCUGCCUGGCCUGUACUUGGACAUGAAGGAGCUGUGGCGCCAGGCAACCCUUCCAGUAUUUGCAGUCCAGUCAGUGCCAUAGGUCAAAAUUUGGGCAACCAGAAUGGGAACCCAACAGGCACUUUAGGUGCUUGGGGAAACUUGCUGCCGCAAGAGAGCACAGAACCACAAACGUCCACUUCUCAGAAUGUGUCUUUCAGCGUACAACCUCAGAACCUUAACACUGACGGACCAAAUAACACUAACCCCGUGAACUCUUCACCAAACCCUAUCAAUGCAAUGCAGACAAACGGACUGCCAAACUGGGGGAUGGCUGUUGGGAUGGGGGCCAUCAUCCCACCCCACCUGCAAGGCCUUCCUGGUGCUAACGGAUCAUCGGUUUCUCAAGUCAGUGGGGGAGGUGGUGAAGGAAUAAGCAGUUCUGUGUGGGGACUAUCCCCAAGUAACCCUGCCCCAGGAAAUAGCAGUUCUGGGUUCAGUCAGGGGAGUGGAGACACUGUGAACUCAGCAUUAAGUGCUAAACAAAAUGGAUCCAGCAGUGCUGUGCACAAGGAAGGAAACGGAGGAAAUGCUUGGGACUCAGGACCUCCUGCUGGUCCUGGAAUACUAGCUUGGGGAAGGGGCAGUGGCAACAAUGGUGUUGGUAAUAUCCAGUCGGGAGCUUGGGGCCACCCCAGCCGAAGCACCGCUAAUGGUGUGAGUGGGGAAUGGGGAAAGCCCCCAAACCAGCAUUCCAAUAAUGACAUCAGUGGGAAAGGAUCAACAGGGUGGGAUAGUCCUAGUGUUACCAGCCAGAAUCCUGCCAUGCAGCCUGGCAGCGAACAGAUUAGCUCUUGGGCCAAAGCUGCGUCUUCUGGAACUACAGCGAGUGAAGGAAGCAACGAUGGUUCUGGUGAUCACAAUGAAGGAAGCACUGGGAGGGAAGGAACAGAAGGCCGAAGGCGAGAGAAGGGGGUUAUAGACCAAGGGCACAUCCAGUUGCCAAGGGACGAUCUUGACCCGAGAGUUCUGUCUAAUACUGGUUGGGGACAGACUCCUGUGAAGCAAAAUACUGCCUGGGAAUUUGAAGAAUCCCCUAGGUCUGAGAGAAAAAAUGACAAUGGGACAGAGGCCUGGGGUUGUGCAGCUACUCAGCCUUCAAACUCAGGGGGGAAGCACGAUGGGUCCAUCAUGAACAGUACAAAUACCUCUUCAGUAUCCGGGUGGGUCAGCUCACCACCUGCUGCUGUGCCAGCAAACACAGGGUGGGGAGACAGCAGCAACAAAGCACCAAGUGGCCCAGGGGUGUGGGGGGACUCGUUAAGCUCUACUGCUGUAAAUAAUGCUGCUGCUGCCAGGAGUGGCCAUACUUGGAGUGGGACCGUCAAUCAGGAGGACAAGUCACCCACCUGGGGUGAGCCUCAAAAACCCAAAUCUCAGAACUGGGGAGAUGGACAAAAAUCUAACCCAGCCUGGAGUGCCGGAGGGGGAGAUUGGACAGAUUCAUCCUCUGUCCUUGGACACUUAGGGGAUGGGAAAAAGAAUGGAUCGGGAUGGGAUGCUGACAGUAGUAGAUCAGGGUCUGGAUGGAGCGAUACUACCAGGUCUGGGACCAGCGGAUGGGGCAAUGGCACAAAUGCAAAGGUUAAUCCAGGUACCACCUGGGGGGAGUCUCUAAAGCCUGGCCCCCCGCAGAACUGGGCCAACAAACCCCAAGACAACAAUGUGAGUAACUGGGGAGGAGCUGCUUCUGUGAAACAGACAGGAACAGGGUGGAUUGGGGGGCCAGUGCCCGUCAAACAGAAGGACAACAGUGAGGCCACUGGCUGGGAAGAACCUUCCCCACCGUCCAUUCGGCGCAAAAUGGAAAUUGAUGAUGGUACUUCUGCUUGGGGUGACCCGAGCAACUACAACAACAAAACUGUAAACAUGUGGGAUAGGAACAAUCCUGUCAUCCAGAGCAGCACCACAGCCAGCACCACCACCACCACCACCACCACCACCAGUAACAACACAAACGUGGUCGAGACACCGCCGUCGCACCAGGCCAGUACUCAGCUUAACCGAUCGCCGUUGCUUGGGCCAGUUUCAUCAGGCUGGGGAGAAAUGCCUACUGUUCACUCAAAGGCCGAAAAUUCUUGGGGAGAACCCCCCUCCCCUUCUACCCUGGUUGACAAUGGCACAGCAGCAUGGGGGAGGCCACCCAGCAGCGGCAGCGGGUGGGGGGAUCACCCUGCGGAGCCACCAGUGACCUUCGGGAGAGUGGGCGCCCCCGCGGCUGCCCCAGCCCUGUGCAAACCAGCUUCUAAAUCUAUGCAAGAAGGCUGGGGCAGUGGUGGGGAUGAAGUGAGCCUCAGCGCCAGUCAAUGGGAAGACGAAGAAGGAGACGUGUGGGACAACGUAGCCUCCCAGGAGAGCACCUCGGCCUGCAGUUCCUGGGGGAAUGCCCCCAGAAAAGGGCUCCAAAAGGGCCUGAAGACGUCUGGCAAGCAGGACGAGGCCUGGGUCAUGAACCGGCUGAUGAAACAGCUCACAGACAUGGGCUUCCCGAGAGAGCCAGCUGAAGAGGCCUUGAAGAGUAGCAACAUGAAUCUCGAUCAGGCCAUGAGCACUCUGCUGGAAAAGAAGGUGGACAUGGACAAACGUGGCCUGGGGGUGACCGACUACAAUGGGAUGAUCACCAAACCCCUCGGCUGCCGCCCACCAAUCUCCAAAGAGUCUUCCGUGGACCGCCCCACCUUUCUCGACAAGGAUGGCGGCCUAGUGGAAGAGCCCCCUUCUUCACCAUUUUUGCCUUCACCAAGCCUGAAGCUCCCCCUUUCAAGCAGUGCACUCCCUAAUCAGACCCUGGGUGGGAUUGCCUCGGGGCUGGGCGUGCAGAACUUGAAUUCUUCUAGACAGAUCCCGAGUGGCACUCUGGGUGUGUUUGGCAGCAGCGGAGCAGCACAAGCCAGGACCGCACAGCCGCCGCCGCCCGUGCAGCCUCUCGGCUCCUCCCAGCCCAGUCUCCGCGCUCAAGUGCCUCAGUUUCUAUCCCCUCAGGUUCAAGCACAGCUUUUGCAGUUUGCAGCAAAAAACAUUGGUCUCAACCCUGCACUAUUAACCUCGCCAAUUAAUCCUCAGCAUAUGACGAUGUUGAACCAGCUCUAUCAGCUGCAGCUGGCGUACCAACGUUUACAAAUCCAGCAGCAGAUGCUACAGGCCCAGCGUAACGUCUCCGGACCCAUGAGACAACAGGAGCAGCAAGUUGCACGCACAAUCACUAAUCUGCAGCAGCAGAUCCAGCAGCACCAGCGCCAGCUGGCCCAGGCUCUACUUGUGAAGCAGCCACCACCGCCACCACCACCGCACCUGUCUCUGCACCCCUCUGCAGGCAAAUCGGCCAUGGACAGCUACCCCCCUCACCCCCAGGCUCCUGGCCUACCCGACCUGCAGACCAAAGAGCAGCAGUCUUCAACCAACACCUUUGCUCCUUACCCUCUCGCUGGGCUGAACCCAAACAUGAAUGUAAACAGCAUGGACAUUGCUGGUGGUUUGUCCGUGAAGGACCCGUCGCAGUCCCAGUCGCGCCUUCCUCAGUGGACACACCCCAAUUCAAUGGAUAACUUACCCAGUGCUGCUUCUCCUCUCGAGCAGAACCCUAGCAAGCAUGGUGCUAUCCCUGGAGGUCUGAGCAUUGGGCCUCCAGGUAAGUCCUCCAUUGAUGACUCGUAUGGCCGGUACGAUUUAAUCCAGAGCAGUGAGUCAUCAGCCAGUCCUCCUGUAGCUGUUCCCCAUAGCUGGUCACGUGCCAAAUCUGACAGUGAUAAAAUCUCAAAUGGUUCCAGCAUCAACUGGCCCCCAGAGUUCCAUCCAGGAGUACCGUGGAAAGGACUUCAGAAUAUCGAUCCCGAGAAUGACCCUGACGUCACUCCUGGGAGUGUCCCCACUGGACCUACAAUUAAUACCACCAUACAGGAUGUUAAUCGCUACCUCCUCAAAAGUGGAGGUAAACUGUCAGACAUCAAGUCCACGUGGUCCUCUGGCCCUGCCGCCCACACACAGGCCGCUCUGUCUCACGAGCUGUGGAAGGUGCCCAGGAGCACCACUGCCCCCACGAGGCCACCUCCCGGGCUGACCACCCCCAAGCCUUCCUCCACCUGGGGGGCCAGCCCCCUCGGCUGGGCCAGCUCCUACUCCUCAGGUUCUGCCUGGAGUACUGACACCUCAGGAAGGACAAGCAGCUGGCUCGUUCUUCGUAACCUCACGCCCCAGAUUGAUGGUUCUACUCUGCGGACGUUGUGUUUGCAGCAUGGUCCUCUCGUCACGUUCCACCUGAACCUGACUCAAGGGAACGCCGUGGUCCGCUACAGCUCCAAGGAGGAGGCAGCCAAGGCCCAGAAGUCUCUGCACAUGUGUGUUCUGGGAAACACUACCAUCCUGGCCGAGUUUGCCGGCGAGGAAGAAGUGAACCGUUUCUUGGCCCAGGGCCAAGCGCUGCCCCCCACCUCCAGCUGGCAGCCCAGCCCCGGGACCAGCCAGGCGCGGCUCGGCGCCUCCGGUGGCUCCCACGGCCUAGUGCGGGGCGACGCCGGACACUGGACUGGCCCAUGCCUGGGCAGCAAGGGGGGCAGUGACCUGCUGUGGAGCGGAGGGCCCCAGUACUCGAGCAGCCUGUGGGGCCCGCCCAGCACCGACGACGGCAGGGUGAUGGGGAGCCCGACCCCCCUCAACACCCUGCUCCCUGGCGACCUGCUCAGCGGGGAGUCCCUCUAGGGGCCGAGGGGCCCUCUCGGGAGCCACCAUCAUCAGCACUCGGAAGAGAACACGCGGCCCUUUCCAGCCGAGUACCUCGUCCCGGACUGACAGCGAGCCGCGGCCGCAGCCCUUGCGAACUGUUCCUGAAGCAGUGCGGGCUGCGUCCGGUCAGUGUCACACGCUAACGACAGGAUUUCCUUCAUAGCUUUUUAUUUCGUGUUGUUUUCUGUUUGUAUGGCGUGUUGUUGUUUUAAUUUUUUAAGCAUAAAAGCUGCUUAGACUAGUUCUAUCAUGAAGGGCACUUUUCAGAUUGUGGGCUGGAAAGGGUUAUUUGGUCAAGGGGGGGCAGGAGCCGGGGAAGCCGAUUCCGUGAGCCUGUGAGGAUUAUGCACACUCGCAGAGGCCAGGCAGAGCCGGCAAUCAGGGGCCCGCGUCGGCCGCACCCGCCCCCACCCAUCCGCCUAUGCACAUCACCCUCGCUCCAUUACUUUUUCAUGUCAUUUUUUUAAUCCCAAAAAAUAUUUUUUAAAUGUUUAAAAAAAAAAAAAGACAUAUCAAACAUGCAAAUACUUGAAUCCAGCAGGCCAAUAAUGAAAUGUGAACACUUCCAGUUGACAUCAGUCCCCAGAAGCAGGCUCGAGGAAACGUGUCUGAGUUCAUAGCCUAUGUGUGUGUGUGUGUGUGCGCGCGCGUGUGUGCGUACUUCCUGUGUUUGUGUGUUUGAAAGCGCGUGAGGGAUUUAACUGUGGGUUUUCCCUUUUAUUCAGUAUAUGCUUUUUUUUGGCGCAUUGGUCAAAGGUUUAAUUGUUGUCAUUAUUAGCUUCUAACUUUGCACUGAGUGUCCAGCCCUCCCGUACGUUCGAGAGAAUUCACAGGGCAGGGCGUGGGACGAUUCACGUGUAAAUGUUUACUCAAGGACUCUGUUAUUGCGUUUGAAAAUUACAGUGUAUAUCUCUGGAGAAAUAAUAUGUAUACCUACCUUUAGCAGCUUUUUAUUGUGGACUAAUGCAAGAAAAUUAUUACCAGAGUAUUGCACCAUUUUUCCAUUUGGAAUAUAAAGUUAAAAAAAAAAAAAAAACUGUUGUUGGACUGUGGCCAUAGACAUGUGUAAAGGACGGACGGCUCCGUGGAAAGCACGGAAGCGAGCACUUGGACACGGGCAGCGACUGCUUUUGGAGGAGCCCGUGGUUUGGGCUCCCACCUGUUUACAGACCUUUUUUUUUUCUCUUUCAAACUUUAAAAUAAAAAAAUUUUAAAAAGGAAUUUAAAAAGAAAAAGAAAAAAAAAAAAGACUUCCGUCGUAAAGAAACCUAUUUUCAGAAUGCAGAAACGCGACUUCAGAGCUCUGGGAUUGAACAGUGUUGUGUCCCCUACUCCGGCCAUCGCCGUGGACUCUCCUGUCAUGGGUUCUGCUCCUCGUCAGAGGCGGGACGCGGUGGCCACUGUCUUGCACAUGCCGGGCGCGCUCAGGAAAGCCAGGGUUCCCGAGGGGCAGCCCCACACCAUUUCAUGUAUUUCUAAACCCGACUCCUAGCACUGAAGAUGUUACGAAAAACAAAAAAACAAAAAAAAACAAAAAAAUAAAUAAUAAAGAGAAAAAAGAAAAGAAGAAAAAUACCUAAUCUCUAAUGUGUAGCAGUUACAUAUUUACCAAAUAAUGGACUCAAAAGAAAUAGAUGUUUGAAGAGUGCUUUAUAUAUUAAAAAUUGCUUUAUGUUUUAAAAAUGAUCAAUGUUUUGAUUGUUUUGAAAGGAAGAAAGACAAUGGAAUAACAUACCCUGAAGUAUGUUUUAAAAAAAUAUAGGAACAUUGUGCUCCCUGCCUGCUUGAUCAGGAAACUUGUGCAUUACAUUUUUUUUAAUUAGCUUUUUAAUGGUUUUCUCAAAACAAAAUAAAAACAAACAAAAAAACAAAAAAAAAAUUAAAAUUAAAAAAAAAGAGGGUCCUGCAAGAUUGCAGAUCAACAAAAGCUGGUUUUAUAGAGGAUCAUGAACUAUGCACAAACUGGGUUCGAGACUUUUGUUCUCAAGGUUUAGUUGUGUGUUUAGCUAAACAAACCUUCCUCAGAGUACUUGCAUCUCAUUGCCGUUACAUGCAUUCUCUAUAUUUGAUGAAUACAUACCUGCAUAUGUAAAUCAAAUAUACGUGCAUGUACGUGUGUGCGCGUGUGUGUGCACCCAGACAUACAGCUUUCCGUGCUGCCAUUGAGCAUCGAAUUGUAGAAAACUCCUGAUAUUUUAAAACUGGGGAUGGAAGCAAAUGUGUUGUUUUGGGGUUUUGUUUCGGUUUUUUGUUGGGUUUCUUUUUUUCCUGGACUUUUAUUUUGAAUUAAAGAUGUCUGUAAACUCUGAGAUUAAAAAAAAAAAAAAAAAAAAAAAA